AUGGCGCUAGCUGCGCAGCAUUUGUGCACCGCCGCCGUCAGUGUCAGCCAGUUUGCCGUGGCAUACGAAGCUCCAUCGCAGUCUUUAACACUGGUAGCAUGCCGCGACAGCGUGGACGAGAACCGCCAGCAGUUCUACUACCAGCCGCAAACGCAGCCGCAGCUGGCGGGCAGCUUCCAGCAGCCUGGCUUCCAGCAAACUGGCUUCCAGCAGCCGACGCAGUCGCAGUACGACACCUUCCUUCGGCAGCUCGAGCUGCAGCUGCACCAGCCCGCCCCCUUCCAGCAGCCCUCCAGCGUGUUCCAGCAGCCGUACCAGACGCAGCCGCAGCCGCACGAAUUCUCAGCGUCGCUGGUGCCGCCGCAGCGCGCGCCCUCCUUCCUGGACCACAUCACGCUUAGCCCCGGCGGGUUUUCGGCGGCCGGCCCACCCGGCUACCUGACUCCCCCGCGGGAGCCCAGCAGCUUCCAGAGGGACCCCAGCCGCCAGCCCAGCUUGCCCGCCCCCGCCCCGCGGGAGCCCGGCCGCCUCCGCCUGCUACAGAGCUUCGAAGCCAGCCAGCAGCCGCCCCCGCAGCUGCGGCCCCCGCAGUCGCAGGUGAGGCCCGGGGGCUUCGACGCAGGCCGCCAGCCCGCGCCCCCCACCAGACACCAACCCCAGCCUCAGCCUCAGGCAUUCCCCGGAGAGGACGUGAGUGCCUACGUCGACCAGCACCUCGAGGCCUUCACGCCUGAUCCUAGGACGACAGUCUUGCAGCCGACCACGUACAGAUCGUCGCUGCCCUCCAAGAAGUUGGCGGAAGCGGCAUUGCGCAGGAAACCCGGCAACACCAACUUGCUCGCGGCACCCCAGCAGGAGCAGCAACGAGCGCCGCCGAGGGAGCCGGAUGUCAGCACGUACAACCCGUUCACCCACCUGCGCAGCAACACGCGCGGUCGCCAGCCGGACAGCCGCUACCAGACGACGUCGUCGUCGACGACUGGCACGGUUGCCUCCAGGGGGCGGCCCGCCACGGCCACCAAGCCGCCCCAGCAGCAACAGCUGAGCGCCGCCAGGCCCAGCAAGGUGUCGUUCGUGCCCAAGCGGGGUCUCCAGGCGGAGCCGCCCACCACGAGGACGACCACCACCACCACGACCACCACGACCACGGCUGCCCCGCCCCCGCCGCUCGAAUACGACUCCAAGGCCGAGUAUUACUACGACGACUCUUACGAUCUGGAAAACGACGAUGCUGCAGACGAAGACGUGUCUCACCACAACCGUCACCCAAAUCACCACCAUCAGGUACCCACCGGUCACGGCGCCGCUGUCGGCGGGAACGUCACCGUCCCUCGCCCCAAUCCGGAGAGACCACUUCCCGGAGAGAAACAGGUUCAGCCAGUGGCAGCACUCCCGGAGAAAUCUGAGGUGAACAACUACAUCCCAAUGGGAGAAAUAACGACUUUCCCCGUGGAUCAGAAGGAGGCGAUCACAAGUGUCGGGAAAGAGCAGACGACACUGUUGUCGGAGAUACCGACCACUCUGCAGAACGGCGAGUACGAAUACUCUACCGAUGCGAGCAGGGAGUCACCAGGCGUCCUCACCGAGAGCGGUCCGUCUGAGUUUCCGUCUGGCGCCGGCGCCACAGAGAAGCGUGCGGAAGGAACAGAAGUUGCGGACACGCAGCCCGCGAUCGCAACUACCCAGGAAUACGUGCCUCCUGCCACGGAGGAAUACCCGCCCGCUCAGCUGCAGAUAGAGACGGAACCCAGCGCGAACAAGUCGGCCGUCGCUUUCGAGAUUCUUACGAUGAAUCCGAGACACACUCUGGUCGAGCAAGACAACUUUAAGGGUUUCGUCGACAGUUACCUGAUCGACGCCACAGACUCACCUCACCAGCCACCGACAAUGUCGAAACACACCACAGAAGAAUCGGACACCGUCGCCGUCUCUGUAAAGAGCACUGUCACAAUGAAGCGACCUGCAGAGACGGCGCUGGUGCCGCGAAAUCUGAAAGCCGAACCGGCCGACCGGCCGCCCCUGGGUGAGCCGAUAAUAUCUGUCGUCACCACCAAGAGCGUCAUAAAUGGUACCUCCACCAUCGUGACGCUCCCACCAGUGACGUCGUCUGCAGAGAAAGCCGACUCCCGUGACCAGGCGUCAGAGGACGCGCCAGAUACCGCUGAGGACGCAGAAACAGAGCGCUCUGUCGUCGUCGCUGUCGUGACGAGCCGCAGCGUCUCCGGUGCGAGGUACUUGCCGUCUGGUCUCAUCAAACAGGAGGAAAAGUCUGACGCCGCGGCUGCAAAGAAAGUUCUCGACGAGUCGCAGAAUCCUCCCGCUAAAAACGAAACGUCUGAGGGUUCUUUGCCAGCACCAGAAACUGUGGAACGCGCCCCUGAAGCAGUUUCUCCUUCCAUGACCAGUGACAACAAUUCCGUAUCCAACAUGACACAGUCUUCCACAGAAAGUAUUACCGACAAAUUGGACAGAGUGCAGUCUGAACUGGCCACCAAAAUUUUCAACACGACACAGUCCUCGACAGAGAGUAUUCUCGACAAACUGGACAGAGUUCAGUCCGAAUUGGCCAGUGGAAUUUUCCUCGGUGGGUUCCGGAACGGGGCUGACAACAUAGACAUACUGACGGACACCUCAGAUAAGCCGCCCAACUCUACGAGGCUGACGACACCACCCACGACAACUACCUACAGGUCACCCGUCGUCAUCCGCAAGUUCACUCCACACACUCGCACGACCCCCAGGCCGAAAAAGCGGCCUGUCAGCAUCGACACCAUCCCUAGAGACAAUCUCGACGGCCUUCUGCCGAACGGUUUCAAACCGAGGGGAUUCUCCGGCCGAAGUAAGUCGUCGUCGACCACCACCACGACCGCCGCUCCCUCGACAAUAAACAUGAUGGAUAUGCCACAAGGUGACCAGCCCAUCGUUACAAACGCCACUGCUACCGGGAGAUCCAGUGGUCCGAGUGGUCUGCGAAACAAAAUAAGAGUCCAAGAUGUGAGCGCCUUCUUGCCUCCGGGAUACAAGCCUCCUCCAGAGGAAGCUAACGCCACCGAAAAAGCUCUCACGCUGGAAGCGCUUCUAGGAAAGGUGAAGAUAUCCGCGCCCUCGUCUCUACUGCCACCGGGCUACAACGCCUCCAAGGAAAUGAAUACGACACGGGACAAGCCAAAGGGCGCGCCGGUCGUCACCAAGGUAGACAGCAUCGACAAGCUGCUGCCUCCCGGCUACAAGAAGCUGGCUGCGGAAGUGACGACUGCGCCUUCCAGCUCUGUAGCGACGACGACGUCGAAAGAGGCGGGCAUCCUCGAAUCGCUGCUGGGUAAAGUCAAGCCGGUGGACGUGAGCUCGUUCCUUCCGCCAGGAUUCGCCAAGAAUUCGUCUGCCGCGCAGGAGGACAAGGGUGGCAGUGGCAGUGCCCUGGAAGCGCUGCUGGGGAAGGUGCAGUUCAAGGACGUGACGUCACUGUUGCCGCCGGGCUACAAGCCCGAGGAGGGCGGCGCGCCGACGCCGGCCAUGGUGUCCAGCACGACGCAGGCCACCUACCGGUUCGUGGCGCCGACGCGGCCCGGGCUAGUGCGCAAGCCGCUGGGCAGGACGAGCACCGCCAGGAGCGUCGAGGCCAACAGGCCGCCCGUCCCCACUAUCAAGGGCUGGGGCACCAGGUCGACUACGCCAUUCACCGGCUGGCCCACGCCGUCAACUACUCCGAUCUCGAUAGAGAAGCUGCUGGAGCAGGCGCGGACCGCCGAGGCGGAAACGACCUCGUCAACCACGACCACCACUACGACUACGACCACGACCACGACGACGACGACGCCCCGGCCGACAACGCCGGGCAUCUGCACGGAGGACUGCGACUUCGUGGGCACGGUGCGGCUGGUGGGCGGCGUCGAGUGGGUGCCCGAGCUGCUCGACCACAACACGCGCGAGUGGCAGCAGCUCGCCAACGACGUCAAGCAGCAGCUAGAAGCAGUAUACCUCAAAUCAGAUAAGCUAAGCAAAUGGUACAAAUCAUUAAGGAUUGACUCAUUUAGUGAAGGCAGUGUUCUAGUGGACUACAUAGUUGAACUAAACACAACUGGGAAACAAAUAAACACUCAAGAAAUUAAAAACCUAUUCCAUGAUAGUCUGAUUCAAGUUACAACUGUGCCAAAGGAUAACAACAUAGAUGACCCGGAAGUUGAACCUGAGGCAGAACCAAACAAGCUCAAAUUGGGAACAUUCAUUGUGGACCCAAAAUACACUGAUUUCAUUGUUAUUCCAAAAGUGGUCACACCUGCCAUAACACUGGAUGAAGAAAUGGUACUUCCACAAUGGGCAAUUGCGGGUAUUGUCAUCGGACUUGCCUCUCUCCUGUUUGUCAUCAUAUUUGGAGUUACUGUUCUUGUGAACCGCCAUAAGAACAACAAAAAGAGACAACCUACACCUUUAACAGAAGAUAUGUUGAAUGAAUUAAACAAAAACCAUAUGGGUGGCCUUGAUAAUUUUGGAGCAGAAGAUCUCUAUAAUAUGGAAGAUGUAUGGAAUGACAAACCAUAUGAUAAACCACCAAAGAAGCGUUCAUCAGCUUCACUUCAAGAAAACAGCAUGGCAAACCUUUAUGAUAGCUGGCGCUCUGAGUGGAAUGGAUACUACUACAAUGCAUAUUAUGGAAAUGGUAAUGGAUCUAGUACUAGUGGGUAUGCACGACGGAGGUCUGACUAUGACACAAAUUUCUGAAGUAAGCAAUCUGUGGCCACACAAGCAUACCAGGAUCAUCUGUCUGAUAGUCCUUAGAAAAGAGAAAAAUCUGUGUUGUUCAGUGUUUCAGGAAUUACUUAUUUCUAUAAACUGUAAAUAAUAUAUGUAAGUCUGAUAUUUGGAAAUGUGUGUCCACAUUCUAAUUUCUCUAGUCAGGUGACAAAAUGGAGUCCAUAGAUAUUUAACAAGCAACAGGAAACUGUGAUAAAUUUUAUGUGGCCAUGCUUAAAUCAUGACAGCAACUACAGCUGUACAAAUAAAUGUCAAGGAGGACUACAAUUAGCUCAAUGUUGUGAUAACUGUAAGCAGAUCUGAUAGUUGCACACACAAUUUUAUUCAUGAAUAAGAGGUUUUAUCCUCAUUACAAAUUAUAUUUAUCCAGGCGAAUUUCUCCAUUAUUGUCCUCUGUGGCAUGUGUCCCAAUAGAGAAGCUGCCUAAUCUUUGUUGAAAAUCUUGUUUUCAAUUUAAGAUUUUGUAUCUAGUAAUCAAACUUAAUAUAUAGUAAAUCACUUCCAAGUAAUACUCCCUGUAACUUCAAUUGUACUGUUUGUCCAGAACAGAUAUUUAUGUUAAGUAACAGGAAUGAUUCAAUGGCUGCAGUCAAAAUCCCAUAUACUUUUAACAGUGCUACAUGUUGUGAAAAUCAACAAAAUGACGUAAGUCAUGAACGUUUCUGCUCAUUUGAUAGGAAGCUGUAAGCUGAAUGCCAAUUGAGAAAUAUUUUGUUACUGAUAGUAGUCAGCUGAUAACACUAUGGACUGAUAGAAUGCACAAAAAGGUCUGAAAUUAAUCGCUAUUUAGGGUCUAGAGUUCUUGAACAAAUCCAACCAAAAAUCUGUAAAAGUAUGAUGACUUCCUACAGUGAAAUAUUUUCUUAACUGAUGUAUGUUUAAAUGGGCCUAGAAACUCUUCAUCUGUUGGCUUUAUUUAUACAUAAAUUUACAGUGCAGAGUAGAAUAUUUUAAUUCUGAAGAAGCAACUUAAAAAUUAAAUAAAAGCUAUGAGAGGAACAAAUAUUUUUGUAUAAUAGACUCAAUUGAUACACUCAAGAAUUCAGCAUAGUUUUCAGUAGUAGUAAUCGUUCAUGACCAGUGUUACAUGAUUUAAGAGAAUAGUUCUUUACAUAGGUACAGGGUGCUCUCAAAAUUAUCACACCAACAAAUAUGACAUAAUGUGCUAAUAAUGUACAAAGCCCUCCACAAGCUUGCCUAAAAUUCUUGAAAAGAGCUUUUGUGAGAGCAUUACAGGAAAAUGUAAGGUGAGAGACUAACAAAAGAAUGGAAUUUUAACAAACAUACUUGGUAAAUCUUACAAAACACCAACCAAAAGUGUCAGUUUCAUUAAAAACCUUUUAGCAUAAAUAUUUAUUGUGAUAUUGCAGACAGGUGCAAGCUUUAACUUAGGUUUCUGCUGUAACUAAAUUUUCAGAAUUAGUAGAUUUAUUUUGUCAUAGACAUAAAUAAUUGACUUUCUGUUCUUUGAGCACCUGAACUUCCUGUCCAUACUGCAUAAUCAGGCUGAGGGAAAGCUCAACAAUAAGUUAUGAUAUUGGUACAUUACGUAUACUGUGGUACUUCUACUGACAUGUAUUUCUCUCCUUUGGAGCAUACUAAGCAAUGAACAUCUUACUUCGUUAAUAGUUCUUGUAAAUAUUAGUGGAGUUAUGCUUCUUGAGCAAGAAAUUUUGUGAUAUUUGAUGUCUAGGUGCUCACCUAGCCUUCACCAACUGCUGCAAAUAAAAAUCAAUGCACUGCCAUGGAGCUAGACCAUCUCCAAAUUCCAAAUUAAUCCAUUCACUCUAGGCAAAUUUAAAAGAGAAGUAGCAACUGCUACAAUAGCACAAAAUCUGAGUUAGCCCAGUAUUCCCCAUGCAGAUCUUUUAUGCUUGCAUAUAUGAAUCAUGAAUGAUUUCUCUUUGCUGUGUUGUAACAUGAUGUGAGCUAGCACCCUUGAGUAUACUGUUUACAUAUCUUUUUAAAUUAAACUGUUCAAGCUUGUCAAUAAAUGUGCUGAAAUGGAGAUGAUGGUCUUGGCCAUUUUCAUAGUGUUUUCUCAACCACCUCCCCUUUCCCCCCACUUCCCACUUGUGUACUUUUUCUAAUAAUAAUAACCAUGGCAGUUGUAUGACCAGUGACUCCACCCAUUGCCAUCCAGUUUAAAUAUUUAUGCUUCUGGAGGCCUGGUGCCUGGAACAGCCACUACUCUUGCCAGGUGACAUGACCAUUCCUAAUGGAAUUUCAAUGAAGCUUUGCACAUAGGCCAAGAAUUUGUAAUCACAAAGGAUGUUCACUAUAUUUUGAGUACUCUAGGCUCUUCAUAUAGUGAACUAAACAUAAGCAACUGCAUAAAUAUGUAAAAGAGAGGGAGAAAUAAGCUAAAAAACUAAUAUCAUUCCCUGAAACACUUUUUGCAUUUCCAGAAAUAUUUUGAUCAUUAAUUUCUUAGAAUUUGUUCACAAAAAAUUACUAAUAAAUUUAUUAUUUACAUCUGUUUUACAAACAAUCUGUACAUGUUUGCCACAUGAAACAAUAUUAUUGUUACAUGUAUACAUGUGUGUGUGAGUGCAUGUUUUCGUGUGUAUAAUAUAUAUAAAUCUGUACAAAGUCAAGUUUAAAAUAUUUUGUAUAUACUGUACUUCAUUGACCAAUAAACAGAGUGAAUGUU